AUGCCGGAGUCCCGUUCCAGUUCUCUUGCGAGCCCCUCCCGUAGAGAGGGGAAGCAACAACACGGCGACGAUGAUUCAGAAUUUGGAGAUGCAGUGCUUGUGUUGGACAACGGGACUGGUCAUAUCAAAGCUGGUCUAGCAUGUGCCGAUGCGCCGACAGUCGUCAUGCCUAACGUUGUGGCGAGACUCAAGUCGCAUGUGCGUGCUUCCGGAGCAGACAGAAGUGGCGCCAAGCCGGAGAUUUUCGUCGGGUAAACGACCAUGUCUGUGAUAUGCUUUUGUGUUGCUCUGUUGAAUAAUGGUGAAGGUUUGUAGGGCUCGCGAAGAACACGACUUGGGUUCUAAUCAUCACACCUACGCACUCUCUUAGAGGUUACUCAGCACUGAUUGGGAUAGCACCUAGUCAACCUUGUCCAACAACAGAGGUCCGAUGCUAUUGCUAAAAGAGGACUUAGCGACUUCCGUUAUCCGAUCCACCAUGGUAUAGUUACAGAUUGGGAGGACAUGGAGCGCGUCUGGCGCCAUCUAUUUCUCUCCGAGCUGCGUCUCGGAGCAAACCUGCAGGAUCACCCAGUAUUGCUCACAGAGGCUCCUUUGAUUAUGGGGAUGGAAGUAAAUAUGUUUUAAACAGCAUGGCCAGUGUUCGCUAGUGGACACUGGAAGGCCAGUCGCGGGAAGAUCUCGCGUUGAGUGGCUGUCGCAUAUGGCAUGCCUCUAACAGGUAUCCGCGCAAGAACCGCGAACGGAUGUUGGAGAUUCUCUUUGACUCUUUCGGAGCACCAGCGGUUUGCGUUGUAAUUCAAGCAGUGAUGUCGCUGUACAGCAUGGGCCGCACCACGGGCGUUGUGGUAGAUGCAGGAGACGGCGUGACGCACGUUGUGCCGAUAUAUGAGGGAUUUGCUUGUAUGCUGACAGGUGAUGUGUUGCUACACAGUAUAAGCAAGUAGGUGAGUGGGAUAUCACGUUCACGUUUUGUUACGCACCCCAAGUCCCGGGGGCUGUACUUACUCGAUCGCUUGACCUAGGUAUGACUGGAUAGCGAAUUUCUUUCAGACUGACUGCGUCACAACCCCGGGUCUUACAAUAUACUUCCUUAUCGUCUGCUACCUCAGGCUGAGCGUUUCACCGUCCUCUCUCAUUUCAUUUCCGCAUGCAGUGCAGCGAUUGGACCUAGCAGGUAGAGACUUGACCGAGAAUAUGCGAUUGUUGAUGCAGCGACGAGGCUUCAAUUUCGAGACUUCUUCGGAAAGAGACUUGCUUGGGAAGAUGAAAGAGCAGCUGUGCUACGUAAUUAUACAUGGUCUUUCAUUGUUUUUUUUGACAAUAGAGUGGACAUCGGGACAUUCAGAUCGAUGAAGUGAACAAAAGUUCUGGGAGACAUCUGAAAGGGCGUGAACUUUCGUGCACGAACAACAAGCAUAUAGCUAAGAUCUCUCGCUUACGUAACUCCUUCGAACGCCCACGACAGCACAUAGGGAUCAUGGCAAGAUGCCGCGUCACCGUCAAGCACUCUUUUCAGAUGGCGGCUUUUCGCCGGAAAGAGUGCAUUGUGGCGCGCAGAAUAUGCUGUUUUCUGCUGGCCAUGGUGUGUCGCGUUAGCGGUGCACCUUUCGCAGGGAAUGACACUUCUCUUGUUCACUACAGUCGUUCUCGUUGAUGGAUCAUCAAAGAUGGGAUCUUCCUUGAAGAACAUCGUGGUCCAGCUCUUGUUUCCGCGUCAACUGUCAAGCACUUGUUUCAAAGCUCUUUCGGGGCUGGAUAUUUGAUUCAAGUGCCGCUUGACGCGCAGAUCAAUCUUCUCUCUCCACGGUCGACUACCCUAAGAUUGUUAGGAGUCGUAUCACUAUCAAGGGAAGACAAGCAUUCAUCUUGAUAGCCAAUUGUUGUAUAGGAGAUGACACCACGAGAAGGCGUCGCGGUAGCCCGAAACGGAUAAAUAAUGUUAUGUUAUGAGGGGCUCUUGUUGCUGUCCGUUUCACGUGCGCGGUACGAUGUACUGCGGACAGCAACAUGACUCUUUGCGCACGAACCUUAGACUGGUCAGUCUACGCACAGACGACGCAGGCUGCCCGCAGAUCAUUCGGGCAGCUUCUCCAAGUGGAGUGCAGUCACUGCUUGGCCUUCUCUUCCCAGGUAGCACUCGACGUCGACGCUGAGACGCAGAAAGUGCAAAAGAAUAGCGAAAUGGAGUUGGAUUAUGAAUUACCCGACGGCCGACUAGUAACCAUAGCAGAAGAGCGAUUCCUCACACCGGAGCCACUGUUCAAGCCGAUGCUUAUAGGUAACCACUUAAACUUACACGCUUGGAUGUUAUCACCUUUGCAUCCAUCUGCACAAGGUCUUCGCCCAAGUUAUUGACCUGCCAGAGCAAGAUCAUUCAUCCGAAAUCAAGAUCUCACACCACAACCGGAGGUCAAUCAUGAUGAAAUGUUUUUGAACGCUUGGCAACCGAAUGCCAAGUGUAGACUCAACCGAAGAAUCGAUAGGACUGAACUAGCAAGGAGAUCUACUGCAUCGUACCACCAAGCAUUGCCAAGAUCACCUUAAUUCACUUUUUGUUUUUUGCAAUACGAUCGUUCAUCAGCAAAAAUCACUCCUACGUCUUCCCCUUCGUCGUUUCCACGAUCACAUGCGCAUCCUGCAUGUGGAUGCGACGGAUAUGAAAGAUAAUAUCUCAGCCAAACUGAUGAGAGUGUCUUUUUGAACGCUUGGCAACCGAAUGCUAAGUGUGGACUUCACCGAAGAAUCGAUAGGACUGAACUGGCAAACCCUACUGCAUGGUACCACGAAUUAGUGUCAUUGAGAUCAAGGUGGUCAACGUACUUCUCUCUUCACCGGGGCGCUCAAGCAGCGACUGUCUCCGUUCUCUACUCUCGCCCCUUCCCACGAUCAAGCGUGUUCAUCGUUCCAUAGAGUGCACCGGUUGGCUCUGGAUACCAUCAGCAGUAGCAUAUUCUUGAUUCAGCUACAAUGAUGAGAAUGUUUUUUGAACGCUUGGCAACCGAAUGCAAAGUGUGGACUUUACAGAAGAAUCGAUAGGACUGACAGCUGAAACAAAAAUAGAUUAGAUAAUUAUCUUGCUCUAACAGGAAAAGAAGCUCCCGGCGUGGCUGAGCAGGUCUCGCGAUGUAUCAAAAUUGUGGAUAUUGAUUUGCGGCGGGAUAUGUAUUACAACGUCGUAUUAUCCGGUGGUACAACGUUAUUUCCUGGUCUACCAGAGCGGCUUCAGUUCGAAUUGACGCGACUGGCGCCACCGAAAUGCCAGCCUCGCGUUCUGUUGCCCGAAACGCGCAGAUAUGUAUUAAGUAAGUUGUUUGUAUUAUUUGAAAUGCGUGGGUUUGUUAUAAUCAUUCGACUCUCUUACUCCUCAGCCAAAAUCCUAAUCUUUGAGCCUAUCUAUCAUGAUGAUUCGCCUUCGUGCGUCGGAUUCCCACCGAGCUCAUUUCGAGCGGUGCGGAACAAUUUGUCGUCUGCAGAUCUGACAGCAUCUUACCAAAACCUCAACCUAUUUCAGUACCACAAAUGGAAUAUCAAAAGGGAUCCGCCUCCUGACAGUUCAGCCCUGUUAGAAGCGAAUCGCAUUCACAUGAUGACUUAUCCAUUAUAUCGCAAUGCUUUGUCUUGAUGUAUUGCUGAUGUAAAACUGGAUUCCCCUACUGAGUUGCCGCAUUCCAGAGAUCGCCGUGUAUUGCGGCACGACAUACCUUUGAUCAUGUCGUGGGCGCACGUUAUGCGAGCUCUUUCUCCUCUCUUCUAGCCUCGUCUCUUUUUCUGGCCCUCGACCUGGAAUUCGCUGUCGCACCCUGCCACCUCCCAUGAUGACUUAUCCAUUAUAUCGCAAUGCUUUGUCUUGAUGUAUUGCUGAUGUAAAACUGGAUUCCCCUACUGACUUGUCCCGUCAUGCUACAAAUCGUGUUACAUGAAAUAUUGUGGGACAUGCCACUGACUCUUCCAAAACGUGCAUUCCCAGUCUUCCGUAACUCUUCCUGCGUCUCGCUGUCAAGGGGUGCCUCUCACGUGAUGACCUAUCCAUUAUAUCGCAAUGCUUUGUCUUGAUGUGUUGCUGAUGUAAAACUGGAUUCCCCUACUGAUUUCUCAAAUAUCAACCAGGACAUGCUUUUCUUUCACCUCCCUAAUCCUCAUGAUGAGACAUUUUUACAGCUACUAGAGCUGACGCGUUUUAGUCGACGCACACAGUGGAGUCAACUAGUCUCUGAUUCUUCAUGUUUUUCCUGCGGAGGAUUGUUUUCCACUGCUGCUUUGGCCCCCUCAACUCUGUGUCCUGAUGACUGCUGGAUUUGAGCCAUUCGCACCGAGAUACUGCGUGCGGAGAAGCAAUCCUUUGGGUCUCCUGGCCCUCCAUGUCUGAUCCGACGGUACCGACUUUCGUGUUCAGCUCCCUGCUUUCCAAUCCCCUCGCCUGUUCAUCCAUGAUGAUAAAACAUUAGUACACUCGUUGUCUGAUAUCAGAUGAUGAGACACUCAUUAGUUUCAGCCUUGUCUGAGCUUGCUUCAUCUUGCCUCGUUUUCUCAGCAGCGUAAUCAUUUUUGCACUGUCGUAGCUCUGUUGUGAUGUCUCUUCUCGAAGGAGGAUCAGAUUGGCAUCUGCCUGCUGGUGACUACCAAAAUUGCACAAGUAUUGUCUGACUGCUGGUUUUUACCACUCUUGUUCGUUCUUUCCUCUAGAUAUGUCACCAUGAUGAAGCAUUGUUUAUAGGUCAGAAUCAGACACCAAGGUGGUUGACGAACAACAACAAAACAAGUAUUAGCUUCUGACUUUCUUCUUGCAGAUGCGCUCUUAAUCUUCUUGCCACUUAUUACAUUCUCUCAGACAAUGAGAACAAAAUUCAGGCACAGGUAUUCAUAAAGGAGAAUUUCAUGCAAUUCCCUUCAAUCCAGGUUGUAUGGAAAGGCGCUGCUGUCUUAGCACAGAUGCCGAAUUUCGGGAAAAUGUGCGUCUGGCGGAACGAGUAUGAUGACAUCGGCAGCCACGUGGUGCAUUCGCGAUGCCUGUAG